AUGGAUAUUAGUAGCUACAGUCUCGCUCAGCCAUUGACGUCACUUGCCGUGACUCUUAGCCCAUCUGUUGAUAGUUUGUUGCGUCAAUUCUGGACAAUAGAAGAACCGUCUGUCCCGCUAAUUCCUACAACAGAAGAUGAACUCUGUAAUCACUGGUUUACACAUACUACCACACGUGAUGUAUCGGAUCGCUUUUGUGUGGCGCUACCGUUCAAAGACGAGAUUUCUGUGGGGUGUAAUAAAAAUACCGCUGACAUGAACGCACCUACGCUCAACCACGGGCUCGGCGAAUCUCGUAAUUUAGCUCUCAAAAGAUUAUAUAAUCUCGAACAACGUCUUUCUAAAAAUGCAGAUUUAUACGAUGCGUACCGCAAAUUUAUGAAUGAAUAUUUGUCGCUCGGUCACAUGAAACUCGCUACGCGACCUGGCAAAUAUUUUAUCCCACAUCACGCAGUGAUAAAACAAGACGGAGAUUUAUCCAAAAUCCGUGUGGUCUUUGAUGGUAGUGCGCCAUUGUCAUCUGGUUUGUCAUUAAAUGACGUGUUAUGUGUUGGUCCAAAACUGCAGACUGAUAUAAGUAAUUUGUUACUAAUGUGCCGUACACGUAAAUUUAUGUUUACCGCUGAUCUAGUUAAAAUGUUCCGUCAAAUUCAAAUACGUGAAGAGGACUGCGUAUACCAACAUAUCUUAUGGCGACAAUUUCCCGAUUACGAAGUCCAAGAAUUUGAGUUGCUUACCAUUACAUACGGGCUCACUUCAUCUCCAUAUUUGUCGAUACGUUGUCUACACGAGUUAGACAUGCGCGAAGGACAUAAGUUUCCCGUUGCAAAAGGUUCUUUGAUCCAUAAUACAUGCGUGGAUGACAUUAUUAUUGGUAGAGACACUGAAGAGGAGUUACUUGUUGCUCAAGACCACAUCAUUAGACUUUUAUCUACCGCAGGUUGUACGCUAAAAAAGUGGUGUAGUAAUAGUGAGAAGCUAAUAAAUCGUGUACCACCUGAUGACCGUGCUCAGCGUCCAUCAUUUGACCCGAAAGAUGAGUCAACUGUCAAAGUUCUAGGUUUACACUGGAACACCCAAAGUGACACAUUUGGCUACCAUACAAAUAUUAAAGAAACGCCAUUAACAAAACGCGGCGUUUUGUCUACUAUAGCCAAAUUGUUUGAUCCUAUCGGCGCUUUGGGUCCCACUAUUUUAUGGGCUAAAGGUUUUAUUCAGGUCUUAUGGCAAGACCAAUUUGAUUGGGAUACGUCAUUGUCUCCUCACUUACGUACUCAGUGGGAACAAUUCGCUACUGAAUUGCCGUCACUUUGUAAUAUUUCGUUAAAUCGACAUUAUUAA